AUGUCCAGACUCCAGAGUCUGAAGGUCUCCAUCCACCAGCGGCUGACCGCCGCUGUGGAGGAGAUCUUCGGACUUUUAGACCAAACAUUGAUCGAGUAUGAGGAGGAGAUGAACCGCCACCAGAAGCUGCUGGAUGUGGCUUUCAAACCUGAGAUCACAGCGCAGAAAAAAGGAUGUCAUGCAGAGGUCCAGCAGCUGUUGGAGGACCAGGAGGACCCAGAGCCCCCACACAUCAAAGAGGAACAGGAGGAACUCUGGACCAGUCAGGAGGGAGAGCAGCUUCAAGGACUGGAGGAGGCUGAUAUCACCAAGUUCACAUUCACUCCUGUCCCUGUGAAGAGUGAAGAUGAUGAUGAUGAUGAUGAAGAGAAAGCUCAGUCUUCGCAGCUUCAUCAAAGCCAGCCUGAGAGGAACAGAGAGGGGGAGCGUUUGAGACCGGAAAUUCAAGGAGAUGCCUGUAGGGGAUCAGAACCAGCAGGAAACUCGGUUCCAGAUAGACUUUUACGAAAAGAUAAUUAUGUCAAGACCUCUCAAGACAUAGAAGAAAGGAAUUAUUAUUGGAUGGAGACCAGAGACCCCCAGGCACAUUUCAAUACUCUACACUGUAACGUAGUUCCUACAGAUGAUAGGGAGUGUAACACCGGAGCGAAAUCGUACAGCUGCUCCGAGUGCGGUAAAAGAUUCGGCCACAAGGGGACUCUGCAGAGACACGUCCGAUGCCACACGGGAGAGAAACCGUUCGGUUGCACGAUCUGCGGGAAAAGAUUCACGCAGAGCGGACCUUUGGUGCACCACUUGCGGCUUCACACAGGAGAGAAACCAUUCACCUGCUCGGUCUGCGGCAAGAGGUUCACGCAGAAGGGAAACCUGACGUGCCACAUGACGGUCCACACCGGGGAGAAACCAUUCAGCUGCAGCGUUUGCGAGAAGCGAUUCACCAGACAGUCGCGUGUCAAAAAGCACAAGUGUGUCGUUGAGAGCGGCAGCAGUCUAUAUCCGAAGAUGUUCAGAGCCGCAGCCAGCCGCUGGUGGAUGGAGACCUUCAGACUCUGGAGCCUGGACAUGGUUCACACAGUCAAGAGUCAAGGCAGAGGAGUGAGUAAGGUCCAAAUGCUGAGAGCAUUAGUCAACCAGAGACUGACGGCGGCUGCUGAGGAGAUCUUCGGGCUGUUUGAGAGGACGAUAGCCGAGUACGAGGAGGAGAUCGGCCGUCAGCGCAGGCUGCUGCAGGAGGCUGUGAAGACCCACAACAACACGGGAGUGUUCCCUACAAAUGUGAAGAAGGUCACAGUGAUUAAAGAGGUUACCCCUGGGCAGGAUCAGUGGAGCACCAGUCUGGACCAGGAGGACCCAGAUCCACCACUCAUUAAAGAGGAAGAGGACCAACUCAGGACCAAUCAGGAGGAAAAGCAGCUUCAAGGACUGGAGGAGGCUAACACCAAGUUCUCGCUCUCUUCUUCUUCUUCACUCCCUGUGAAGAGUGAAAAUGACGAUUAUGAAGGGAAAGCUCAGUCCUCACAGUUUGAUCAAAGCCAAACUGAGGAGAACAGAGAGGUAGAGCACUUGCAAACAGAAGCUGGUGGGGGAUCAGAGCCAGAUAGACAUUUACAACCAGAUAAUGAGACUCCAAUUUUCUCAGAGACUGAAGACAGUAUCAAACCUCAGCUUAAAGGUUUGAAUGCUCUGAAAAACAGUGCAAGCCAUGUGGGAUAUAAUGCAGUUAACAAAUCUGUUGACUGCUCUGAAUGUGGUGAACGAUUAGGCGAUAAAGACCAUCUGCAGAUCCACAUGAAAUGUCAUACGGGAGAAAAAACAUUUGCGUGCCCAUUCUGUGGUAAAAAAUUUACCAAAAAAUCAAAUCUUACCACACACUUAAGAGUUCAUACGGGAGAGAAGCCGUUCACCUGUUCGGUCUGCAACACCAGUUUUAGUCUGCGUUGCACGUUGGUGAAUCACAUGAGAGUCCACACCGGGGAGAAACCAUUUAGCUGCUCAGUUUGUAGUAAAAGAUUCUCAAAAAAGGCUAAUUUGACCACACACAUGGCGCUCCACACCGAGGAGAAACCAUUCAAAUGCAGCUCUUGUGACAAAAGGUUCACUUGGCAUUCCCAAGUCAGAAACCAUAAGUGUGCUGUUGACGGCAGCAGGUGAAGGUGGAGAGCGGCUAGAGAGUCACAUCAUAGCCCCUGUUACACAACCCGGUAACGGCGGGAAUGCUGCUCCGUUAUUCUGCCUCGCCGCUCUGUAUCAAAGAGUAUGAACACAGAAUGGGGGGGGCCUUUUAUACCGGCAGUGGAGGUAGAGCCGGAUUGAUGCUGUGUUACACCUCACGCCUCUGAUUCCUUAACAGUGUCAUAUGAUCUAAAAUCACACACUUGUGCGGCUUUGUUUGGUUCAGUGUAAACAAGCAAAGGCGACAUGAUAACAACGAGGGGUCUUCUUAACAGCAAUAUAGCGUGAUCUCUGUAUAAAAGAGGAUGAUGACAGUGCGCCCACACGCCUACAAACCCAGAGUGGCCCGAGGUAACAGAAGGACA